AUGAGGAGUUCAAGGAAUCUUGAUGCUUCUGGAACUUUGGACUCGGAGGAGCGUGAAGGGCCUGAGGUCUAUGACGUCAGGCUUGACGGCUCUCAACAAAAACGACUCCGAUGGGAUGCGCGAAGCGGGAAGUUCAUUGCAGAUGCAAAGAAUGUUGAAAUUGUUAGCGAUGUGGUGGAAGAGAUCCGACUGGGAGAGAUCACUUCGUUGAGAUGGAGGAUAAGUGCAAAGGGGACUGUGCGCAAGUUUGUUCGUAAGGCGUCGAAUGUUGCAUUCAAAGUGAAGCAGUCUUUCCUGCCUAGAGGAGUGUCAGAGGACUACUACUCUUUCACCAUCUGGAGAAUCCUGCAGCGCAUCGUUUCCUCGACCGUGAGCGUUUUCGGCACACAAUCGCUUCUGCUUGCCCUCGGGGUGAAGACGAACAAAGUUGGCGUCGCCGCCGCCUCUGGCUGGGUGUUCGCUAAUGCUUUCGGGAAGUUUGGAAAGAUGAUUUUUGCUGCAAGAUGGGGUCGAGACUUUGACUCUGAUGCGAAGAGGUGGAGGUCUGCAACAAGAGGAACGUUCUACAAGCAGUUCGCCGGGAGGAACGAGAAUCUCGGCGACAUCACAGCCAAAGGAGAUGCCCAGGUGGCUGUCGCCGACCUCGUCGGGCUUGUCGUGGGGAUCGAACUUGCGCGGCUGGCUGGAACAAACGCUCUCUGCGUGUGGGGCUCGUACGUGGUGCUAUCGGCCUUGGACUUUAUCUUCAUCCUAAAGAGCCUCGACACCAUCGUCUUCCGCUUCCUCAACCUUGAACGAGCGACCAUGCUUGCAAGUGCCUUUGUGUCGGAGGGAAUCAUCAAGUCUCCUGCAGACAUCUCCAGAUCAGAGCCCGUCCUUAGCCGCCCGAGACACAAGCUCAGAGAAACUUUCAAAGGCUACUGGGCGUCGACCUUCAGGAGCAUCAGUCAGUGUGUGGUCUUGAAACAGAGCGCGAAGGAUCUCGACAUCCUGCAGUCGCUUCUCGCGCUCGAGCACUUCAGGCUCCACCUCUCCUCGAGGCAGAGCGAUUCUCUUGACUUCGAGGAGGUCCUGCAGCUCAAGGCUGACGCCAGAGACGCAGCAGCAUCACGCAUGCCGUCUUUCCUCGACGGGCUGCAGGAGAUAGGAUGGAACUUCAAGGGCCCGAGGGAGCCGAUCUUCGUGUUUGGAACCAUCGCCAACAGAGCUAUGUGGUAG